AUGGUCGGCAUAUCUGAUCUACUCGAUUCUGAUAUAGAGGAGUCCCAAGACGCGAUCGAGGAUAUUUCAAACUUGUCAACAUCGUCAACAGAACCGCAGGGCAAAACUACACAAGCGAAGAAAGGAAGAAAACGUCGCUGCGUCACCAUGCCGAAAGCGAAAUCACGCGUAACAAAGGCAUCUGCCACCGAACCAAAGAAGCCGGCGACCAAGAAAGUCGCUGCUGCUAAGCGCAAGGCGGCGGAAGAGCAGGUGGAGCAGGAUGGCGAUGAGAUUCAGGAGACGCAAGCCCCGGCACCCAAGCGAGGACGCGCUGCCGGGAAGAAAGCGACGAUCCCAGAACCUGUCAAGGAAGAGGGUGACGAUCUCGUAGAGGAGACGGUAGAGAUAGGACCAUCGCCAGCGUUUGCGCGCUCAAGCCAUGCCCCGACGCGAGGUCGCAAGGUCGUCCCGAAACCCGUCGCCAGAGACUCUGCUCAAACAAAAAUUCGCAAGACAGCGCAACAUGCAAAAAAAGCGACGCUAGAGCCUGAACCCGAGGACGAACUUCUGGAGUCUGACGAUGAUGAGAUGCAAAUCGAUCAAGCACCCAUGGCGCGCAAUGCAUCGCGUAACAAUUCACGACAAGCGACCACGUUUCGACAACGCGCAGGAAGCGCUUCUGAUACGGAGAGAGGUGACCCGAACUUGAGACGCAAGCUCGGUGAUAUCACACGCAAGUAUGAGAAUAUCGAUCUUAAGUAUCGCAGUCUCAAGGACGUUGGGGUUAGUGAAGCCAAUGCCAACAUGGAAAAGCUUCGGAAGCAAUGUGACGCAACGACACAGGCCUCGAAUGAGUUGAUAGCGUCGCUAAAGAAAGAGCUGUCUCAACAAGCGCCGCUCGUCCAGGAUAGUCGAAAGCUCAAGAAACAGGUCCAGACCAACGAGCAAGAACUGGUAGACCUUCGCCGGGCAAAUUCGACGAUCUCUGCUUCUCUUACAUCGGCCCAGAAUGAAAUCAAGAACCUGCAAGCCAAGCUGGCAGCAGCUCGCAGCUCAUCAGCCUCGGCAGAGCACCCUAAGGUCCCCGGCAGCGCGAUGAAGCACCACGGCCAGCUCCGGGGUGCACCAUCUGGCCCUAGUGAAACAACACAGAGUGCUCAAAUGAAGGAAGAGCUUUACCGAGACCUUACCGGACUGAUUAUCCGGGGCGUCAAGCGAACUGAGGAGGGCGACACCUAUGACUGCAUUCAAACCGGUCGGAACGGCACUCUGCACUUCAAGCUGUAUGUUGAUGCUGAAGAAGCAAAGACAGCAAGCUUCCAGGAAACGGAGUUCUUGUAUACACCUCUGCUGGAUGCCAAUCGAGACGGAGAUAUGAUGGAGCUGAUGCCCAACUACUUGACCGAAGAAAUCACUUUCGCUCGGGAAGAUGCAUCCAAAUUUUAUUGCCGGGUGCUUGACACUCUGACGAAGCGACGGGUGGAAGAGCACGAAUGA